AUGGCGUUUCCAGUCCAUUCCUUUGAUUGUCUAUGGUCUGAGUUACACACCAAACGAAAUGAUCAAAGGUUAAAUUCACAUAACAGGGUGAUGCUUGAAAACUGGCGGGCUAAUGUAGAUUUGCAAGUCAUUGUAGAUGAGAAAGCUUGUGCAAGAUACAUGGCCAAGUAUGCUGCGAAAGGAGAACCCCGAUCGAAAUCAGCGUCAGAAAUACUAAAAUUGUCUGUGUCCUCAUUACAGAAUGAUGAUCAAGUCUCUCCGGCCUUCAAGAAAGCAAUGAUCCAAGUUGCUGGAGAUAGAGAUAUGGCAGCACAAGAAACUGCGCACAUGCUACUUAGUCUACCACUGAUUGGCUGCACAUUUAGUUUUGUUACUAUUUCUUUUGAUAACAGCAGGAAGGUUAAUAUUGAUGCAGAAAAUGAAGGUGAUGAGGUACUUCAAAAAUCUGCGCUACAAGAAUAUGCAGAACGUACAAAAAUUGAAGA